AUGGCAAAGAAGAAGAACUCAAGAGUUGAGCAACAGGAAAUGGAAUUGGGCGUCGAAGAUGCAGCCACCGAAUCAGUUCAUGAGGGCAGCGGAAGGAAUGAAUCAAACCGAGAAAAGUUCUCACGGAUAGAAACCGAACUUGAGGAAAUGAGAGUAAGAAUGAGUCGGCAAGACCAGCCAUCACGUGUGGAAGAGAGGUUGUCUCGCUUUGAGGAAGCUAUGAUUCGUAUGACUGAUAACUUCACGCAAAUAAGUCACCAAUUGGGUUUCUUAACCGGCCGAAUGAAUAAAAUGGACCAAUUGUCAGAAAGUAUAGAAGGGCUAAAUCAAAGAAUGGACCGUAUGGAAAGAUCCGUUAAUCAUGGGCACAACCGAGAAGAUAAGGGAAAAGGACCUUAUGAAGAGCCUCACACAUCAUAUCAAGCUCCCAAAGAGCAUGCCGCAUCGAGUUUUGGAGGGAUUAAAAUUGGAAAAGAUAAUCAAGUUCCACCCAAAACCAAUGAAGCUCACAUGGGAAAUAAAAAGACCAUGGGAGUUAACAUGGCAACUUGUUCCAAACCACUGGUAGACAAUGAUUUUGAAGAAAUUUCAGAUGAAGAUAGUGAGAGAAUCGGACAAAGAAGUGAGAAAAAGAGGGGCCAAAGGAACAUAGAACCCAGAUCCAACAUUCGGGUUGACUUUCCUAAGUUUGAUGGCAAAAACGCCCAAGAUUGGGUGAUUAAAGCGGAGCAAUACUUUGAGUGCCAAGAAGUUAGGGAAGACAAAAAAAUUACAACGGCCAUGAUCUACUUUGAAGGGGCAGCUAUGAGGUGGUAUCGGUCGUACAAGAGGAAAAACCCGGUCAUGGUAUGGGAAACAUUUUCAAAUGCAUUACUCGCUCGCUUUGGAGUCUCGUCAUAUACUAACUAUCAUGUGGAGCUCAUCAACAUGAAACAAAUCACUACCGUGGAGGAGUUUCAAGGUCGAUUUGAGGACAUGUCAUGUAUGGUUGGAGAUUGGCCCGAACCCGCACUCAUAGGUGCAUUCAUGUCGGGAUUGAGAGAGGAUAUUAGAAUUGAGAUGCUAUCCGAGGAACAUGUAGACUUAGACAGUUGCUUUGCAAGGGCACGAGUUAUGGAGGAAAAGCUCCUCAAACGGGCAGCGUAUGAGAAAUUCUCUAAGACCGGAGGAUUCAACCAAAACAAAGGGAAUUUCAACAGGCCUACUCCUAAACCACAGCCACAAGGGUUUCCAAAGAGGGAUACACGUCCAGCCGUUAGGGACAAUGUUCCGGUUCGUUACAUCACCGCUAAGGAGAGGGAUGAAAGGUUCAAAGCCGGGCUAUGUGUGUCAUGUGAGGAAAAGUGGUUCAAGGGACACAAAUGUAAGAGGUUUCAGCUAAUGGUGGUUGUAGAGGAUGAGGACGAAGUUGAGGUUUCAAUCCCAGUUGAGGAAGAGCAACCAGUAGAACAAGAGUGCCCAACGGAAAUUGAGAAGGUGGAUGGGGUUCUUCACUCCAUGAGGGACCCAAACCGUCCUAAAGCAAUGCGUGUUCUUGGAACCAUUCAAGGGCACAGAGUCACAAUCUUGCUAGAUUCGGGAGCAACUCAUAAUUUUAUGAGUUUAGAAACGGCCAAGGAUAGCGGAUGCACAUUGGAAGAUCAAGCACCACUCACGGUCUUGGUAGGAGAUGGAACAAGGCUACCUUGCGUCCACAUUUGCCGAAACAUGGAUAUAACCGUGCAAGGGAUCCCAUACAAGAUAGAUGUCUUAGUUCUUCCGAUAAAAGGGAUGGACCUUGUUCUUGGUGUUGAUUGGUUAGAGACACUUGGGGGAAUCUACUGGGAUUUCUCCAAAAUGAAGAUGAGAUUUGAGAGGGAAGGAGGAGAUCAAGUGACACUCGAAGGAAUCCAGCCCAACUUGGAACCGAAGGCAGCCAUCAAGGCUCUCGUAGCUCAACAGCCAGCCCUCUGGCUGAUAUCGUUAGCCACUGAUGUACCUCCAAAAGGGACAGAGACCGAAGUCAUUCCCAAGGAAGUUCAGCAAGUAUUGGAUGGUUUUGAAGAUGUCUUUUCUGAACCUAAAGGGUUACCUCCUCCAAGAUCAUACGAUCACAGGAUCGUCCUAUCAAACGGGGCAGAACCGGUAAAUGUUAGGCCUUAUCGUUAUGGGUUUACACAGAAAACGGAGAUAGAGAGAUUGGUAAAAGAAAUGAUUGAAGGGGGAAUCAUUCGCCCGAGUAGCAGUCCCUUCUCCUCUCCUGUUUUGUUAGUCAAAAAGAAGGAUGAAACUUGGAGAUUUUGUGUUGAUUAUCGGGCACUUAACGAAGUCACGAUUAAGGACCGCCACCCUAUACCCGUCAUUGACGAACUCCUUGAUGAAUUGGCGGGCGCUUCCAUUUUCUCCAAGCUUGACUUAAGGGCUGGUUACCAUCAGAUACGCAUGGAUAAGCAUGACGUACCCAAGACUGCAUUUAGAACUCACGAUGGGCAUUAUGAGUUCUUGGUCAUGCCCUUCGGAUUAACCAACGCCCCGGCUACAUUCCAACGAUGUAUGAAUGAUAUUUUCAGACCACAUCUGAGGGAUUUCAUUCUAGUUUUCUUCGAUGACAUUCUGGUUUACAGUCGAUCAUUAGAGCACCACAUUGUCCACUUAAGGAAGACACUACAAAUUUUGAGGCAGAAUGAACUCUUUGCAAAAGCUUCUAAGUGCAGUUUCGGUCAAGAAUCAAUCGGCUAUUUGGGACACAUAGUGUCCAAGGAAGGUGUUAGAGCUGAUCCAGAAAAGCUCCAUGCCAUGGAGCAAUGGCCUUUGCCAAAAGACCCGAGAGGAAUGAGAGGAUUUCUAGGUCUUACUGGUUACUAUCGAAGGUUUAUUCAAGGCUAUGGAUCUAUAGCCUCCCCUUUGACGAAAAUGUUGAAGAAAGGGGAGUUCACCUGGACGGAUCACUCAAGGGAAGCAUUCGUAAAGCUUAAGGCAGCAAUGUUAGCCGCGCCCGUGCUAACCUUGCCAGAUUUUUCACUUGAUUUCGUGGUGGAGACGGACGCAAGCGACGUUGGUGUUGGGGCUGUCCUCAGCCAAAAGGGCCACCCAAUAGCCUACAUGUCCAAGGCUCUCACCCAUAGGGCAAAGCCAUUAUCCACAUAUGAAAAGGAGUUAUUUGCCAUCGUGUUGGCCGUGGAGAAAUGGAGGCCCUACCUCAUCGGGCGCAAAUUCAUUGUGAGAACGGAUCAUAGUAGUUUAAGGUAUAUGCUCAAACAAAGGGUCUCAACGCCUACUCAACAAAGAUGGCUCGCCAAGCUAUUGGGUUACGAUUUUACAAUCGAAUACAAGAAAGGAACCGAAAACUCGGCGGCUGAUUCGUUAUCGAGACUUGGAGAGCAAUUUCUAACCUUGUCCGUUCUGGAAACCGAUUUGUGGCAGCGAUUGGUCAUUGAGCAAGAGGCUGAUGAAGGUUUGAGACUACUUAGAGCAUCGGUUCAGCAGAAUCCGGGAUCAAUCCCAAACCAUGGCAUGAAGGGGAACGUGCUUUACCGAAAGGGCAAAGCUGUGGUACCACGCGGUUCCUCCCUCAAAAAGGAGCUCCUAUCACACUUUCAUUGUUCAACCACCGCAGGUCACGAAGGCGUGGCCAAAACGCUUGCAAGGAUCAAAACCCAAUUUUGGUGGGAAGGUCUAAAAGGAGAAGUCAAAGAGUUUGUGAGGAGUUGUCAGAUUUGCCAAAGGGAAAAGUAUGAAGCAACCAAGCCACCCGGGCUGAUGCACCCAUUGCCAAUACCUACAAAACCUUGGGCUGAUGUAUCAAUGGAUUUUAUUGAUGCAAUGCCACGUUCGGAAGGAAAGGAAGCGGUGUUUGUAGUGGUGGACAGAUUGACGAAAUAUGGGCAUUUUGCCCCUCUUCCAAGACACUACAAUGGGCCGUUGGUUGCCGGGAUAUACCAAGACUAUGUCGGCAAACUUCAUGGAAUGCCGAGCACUAUCGUUUGUGAUAGGGAUUCGAUAUUCCUUAGUGCGUUUUGGCGCGAGUAUAUGCGCAUGGCUGGGACUUCAUUGCAUUUCAGUACAGCCCACCACCCGCAAACCGAUGGGCAAAGCGAGGUGGUGAACAGGACACUAGAGACCUAUCUGCGUUGUUUCGCGGGGGAACGACCGAACACUUGGGUUCGGUAUCUUGCUUGGGCAGAAUGGUCCUACAACACUAGUCUCCAUUCCGGGACUAGUAUCACUCCCUACGAGGCACUGUAUGGGUGUCCUCCUCCACUCAUUCCAAACUAUGAAGUAGGGACAGCUCAAGAUGAUGAGGUGGACUGCACACUCCGUAAUCGGGAUGAGAUCUUGACAGUUUUGAGGCAGCAUAUCGUAAGAGCCCAGAAUCGAAUGAAACAAACAUAUGAUAAAGGCCGCAAAGAUCGAGAGUUCAAGGUUGGGGACAUGGCAUGGUUGAAGAGGCUACCUAUGCGACAAAAAUCGUUGCUUGGACAGCCUUAUUCCAAACUUUUACCCCGUUAUUAUGGGCCAUUCCGGGUCUUGCAAAGAGUUGGCAAAGGAGCCUACAGGUUAGCACUACCACCCACCGCAUUAGUCCAUCCGGUCUUCCAUGUAACUAGACUCAAGCCGCAUUUUGGUCAGUUGCCAGAACUUAUUGAACCUUUGCCAGAUUUUCGGCCUAGACCGUAUAGGAUACUUCGUCACCGGCACCUGCAGAGAGAGGGGCGUCAGAGACAUGAGGUUUUAGUUGAGUGGGACGGCCCAGAUUCAGGUCCGCCUAGGAGUUGGCCGAGGACUGCCGACAAUGCCGCCGAUGGCCGACCGGGUGACGAGACCAGCCAGCUACAAGGCCGGACGAGUGUCGGCCACGAGCGCCGAAGAGGGCCGAGCACGGCCGAAGGUGGCGCGGGCCAGCACACCGUCGCGAGGCUGCCGAGAGAUGAGGGCGCCGAGCGCCCACGCCGAGCGGGGAAAGCACCCGCAGCCACUGACCCUGCUUCCUUUUGUUGUGAGGCUAACGUGUUUUGCAGGGUGCGGGACCGGGACGCAAAGGAGGUUACCCAUGGAGGGCCACGGCCGCGGUUGCCGAUGACGACGCCAAGAGCCCGAACGCGCCAGCAUCGCGGAGGAGAGCACGAACGAGGGUACUACGCGGCCAAGGGAGGUUGA